UUCUUGAAACGUUGUGUAUAAGUGAGAGAAGAGGGUCUUGAAAUCUAAUCCAGGAAGAAGGGUGUUCUUCUUUCUCCCCUUUGGAUUUCUUGCCUUCAACUCACUGCUUUGAAAACUAGAAGAAGAAUUGUAAUCCAUGGAACAAGAACAGCUUGGGACUUCUCCUUCUUCUUCUUCGACUUCAAUGAGAUCAAUUGAUGAUAAGAAUGAAGGGAAAAUCAAACAAUCAGCAGACUCAAGAUUCCCAUUAACGGUUCUCGAAAUGGCCGGUGCAUCCGGCGUCGUUUUGUGCUUCGUCGUUGGUCUCGCUGGAGUUUACCUAACAUUGCCGGAUUCCGAUUACAGCUUCCUCAAGCUUCCAAGAACCAUCGAAGAUCUUCAUAUUCUCCGGGAGCAUCUCGAGAGCUACACAAGCGACUACACAAUGCAAGUCCUUGUUGGAUAUUGCACAGUCUACAUCUUCAUGCAAACAUUCAUGAUUCCAGGAACUGUGUUCAUGUCAUUACUUGCAGGAUCCCUUUUUGGUGUCUUAAAAGGUGUAGCUUUGGUUGUCUUUGCUGCAACUGCUGGUGCUUCUUCUUGCUACUUUCUAUCAAAAUUAAUCGGGCGACCCUUAAUCUCAUCUCUCUGGCCUGAUAAACUUGUUUUCUUCCAAAACCAGGUGGCAAAAAGACGAGGUGGGCUUCUCAAUUACAUGCUUUUCUUAAGGGUGACACCAACUUUGCCAAAUACGUUUAUUAAUGUCGCAUCACCAAUUGUUGAUGUUCCAUAUCAUAUAUUCUUCUUGGCAACUUCACUUGGUCUCAUUCCAGCAGCUUAUGUAACUGUUCGGGCUGGAAUUGCUCUUGGUGAAUUGAGGUCGAUUGGGGACUUGUAUGACAUGCAUUCUAUAGGGACUUUGUUUCUGAUAGGGCUUGUUUCCAUUACACCUACAUUGAUAAGCAACAAGAACAAAGCAUAGUGUUUCCUUGUGGUGUCUUUCUUGGAAGUGUGUACAGAUCUAGCAUCAAAUUGGAACCCGGUUCAUGUUUAAAAGACUUGUGUUUUGUGUAGUGAUGUUAAAGAUAAACUCUGCAAUG